AUGGACAUCACAUUUAGGGGUCCUCCGGAUAGAGUCAUAGCAGAGCGGGCAUGCAUCGGUGCAUCCCCCGCGGAUGCUGGCGCUUCCCUCGCAGCACUGUUGGAGUUAAAUGACGUGGCAGAUCCUCACUCUCCAGUAGGAAUCUACAAAGGACAUUGCUUCCGAAUCAACCACUUCCCUGAGGACAAUGACUAUGACCAUGACAGCUCAGAAUACCUUCUCCGCAUUGUCCGUGCCUCCAGUGUGUUCCCCAUCCUAAGCACAAUAUUGCUGUUGCUGGGAGGACUCUGUGUCGGAGCAGGAAGGAUUUACAACAGCAAAAACAACAUUAUUCUCAGCGCUGGGAUUCUCUUUGUUGCAGCAGGACUAAGUAAUAUCAUAGGGAUCAUUGUCUACAUAUCAAGCAAUGCAGGUGACCCAAGUGACAAGCGUGAUGAGGACAAAAAGAACCAUUACAACUAUGGUUGGUCUUUUUAUUUUGGAGCCUUGUCCUUCAUUGUGGCUGAAACCAUAGGUGUUCUGGCUGUGAACAUUUAUAUUGAGAAGAACAAAGAGCUGAGGUUUAAGACCAAGAGGGAAUUCCUUAAGACUUCUUCCAGUUCUCCUUACGCCAGGAUGCCAAGUUAUAGGUACAGGAGGCGGAGAUCCAGAUCCAGUUCUCGAUCUACAGAGCCUUCUCCAUCUAGAGACAUUUCUCCGGUUGGCAUGAAGAUAGCAAGCACCAUUCCCAUGAACGAAAUUUCCAUGUACACUCCAACGGCUGCCAGCUACAACGCAGACCAAGAAGCCAGUUUUCUGCAGGUUCACAACUUCCUUCAGAAGGAAUUCAAGGAAGGACUCCAUGUCAACAUGGUCAACAGGAGAACGACGCCUGUUUGAAGUACCCUCCUUCCUCGCGCUUUCUGAAGAAAUAUCGAAACAGAAUGGAUCUGUCGUGAAAGAGAAGGAGCGAUGUUAAAAUACCCUCUCACCUCUUUAAUUGUGGCAUGUGUUGAGGUAGCGAGUGGAGAUCCUCUGGACCAACAUAAAGAUAUUACACGCUCGUAGCUUUUUUUGAAGCUAUUUGGAGUUUGUUUCUUUCAGUUC